UGCGGACGCCGUUCGAUCCAUAGGAAUUUCCACGCGCGCGUAUUUGGGUCGGAAAAGCGCGGAAACUCUGUCACAGAAAGGGUAGGGGCCUGCGCUUAAAAUGGUUUCCGUCGACGAUCUCGUAGGAAAACUAUGUCUACUAGCGUUGAACAACAAAGAAAAAGUUGAAGCGAAGGAAUGGCGUUUGCUUGGACAGGAACAGGAUGGAAGUCUCCUUUUCGCCUGGUUGGAGUCGGGGGAGGAAGGAGAUUGUACAAAUUUGGGUCUCUUCAGUUACGCGGAUAAUAGUCUGAAGAUGCUUCACACUUUUGAGGAACCUACUAAUGUCGUCCAAGCAUCCAUCAAUUUUGAUCGCACAAUUAUGGGUUUUGUCACCAAAAAUCCAGAUGAAGAUAAUGAAGGAUGUUUUGUUUAUACCCCGACUCUAUUAAAACUAACAGAUUCUGAAAAUGUAUUAUGUCCCAUGCAUAUUGAAAGAUCCAAACAGAUUAUGAUCCAGUUUUUACACAAGAAACACUCAGUGCUGAACGAGAAGCAAACCGAUAAAUUCCUACUUCUUAUACACGAAGAAUGUGUCCUCCAGUACAAAUUGAAACCGCUUGCCAAAGAGUUUAACAUCGAAAGUUUCUUGGCGGAAUCUCUGCUGAGAGUCUUCAUUUGGGCUCAAUGGGAUGCAGUCCAUCAAACCUUGUACUACAUUCAUUAUAGGAAACCAAUUAAAAGUUUGGUGGAAGGAGAUGAUCCCGAUCCUACUACUUUGCAUAAGGUGUCUCCAACUCUAUCAGGCUUACAAUUCCAUGAAGAUCUACCACACGAAAGCGUCUUGAACAUUCCGUUGAAUUUACCGCAUCUCACCACGACCGUUUGCAACCUCUACGAAGAUGAUACAGUGCCUUUGCGCAUUCAUAAUUGCUCUCUAGAUCUCAUGGUACUGACCGAUUCAAGCGGUAUAGUCUGCAUAUGCCAUCACUAUUUAUACCAACCGGUUCAACCUGCGAAGAAUUUGGAAGAUGACGAUGAUUCUCCUGUUCAUUUUGCAUAUUCCGUGACGGUGCUUCAUCAAAGUUGCGUUCUGCAUUGUGUUAUCCCUGGUAUUCCUUGGAAAGAAGCUAAAACUAUUAGACCGCUCUUCAAGCUUUACGAUGAUCAUAUGAUGGUUUUCAUCCCUGGAGUUUGUACGCAGCUUUUGGAUAUAUCUAUGAUUCACGAGCCUUCGAAUCAUAUAACAACACAUCCUUUGCUGCCCGAAUACGAAAUAUCAAAGACGUGCCUGACGCCACUUAUCAAAUGCGGGAAAUAUUCAGUACUGAAUUUAACUACUUUGGAUGUCAUAGAUCUGCACGUUCCAACUACUCAGCUUAUCGAAACGUUCAAAAGCGAAACCACUCUGGAUAAUAAACUUGCGAUAUUGCAUUAUCUUCUGGUUCAUCAAGGAGAGAUGGACGUGGCCAUCGAGUUAAUAUCGUCACAAGUUGAGAAACCUGUAAGCUUGGGUUUUCCCCAAAUGCUCAAAGAGUUUUUGCUGGGAAGCGCUUACGCUUCUGUCCAAAGAAAUCUUCCAUGCGAUGCUAGCCAAUUGAUUAAUUUAUUACCGGUAUCCAGUCAACCCGUUGGAUGCGACGUGGAAACCGAAAUUAAUGGUAAAAUAGUGAGCCUAUCGCAAGACGCUCUUUGGAACGCCUCGAUGAUGUUACUAUCGCCGCAACAGAGGAUAGUUCCAUAUCGAGUUGAUCUUUGGGUGAAACUUUGGGAGAUUCUUGUAAAAAAUACCAAGGGAAAGCAAAGGUUUAAACCCAGUCAAGUCGUGGAAAAGUUGCUGGUUUCUUUAGUUUGUUAUCAGCCGGAAGCAUUAUCACGCUCAAGCACGCCUAUGUCACCAGGAUCUUCUCUUUCUCUAUCCACAACAGCAGAUUUAUCCACGAUGAAGAGCCAAAGUGAUGCUCUACCGUUUUAUGAAACGGAGAGCUGCACAGCUAGUAAACAGGAACAUAUAAUUUCCGUGAAUUUAAGAGAGUUAAGCAUGCAUUUGCUGAAACAAAGUACAGAGAACAAGAUGAGUCGCUUCCAAUGGCAAUCUCAAACGCCGAUGCACGUGCACGCAGUUGCUACAAGAUACAUCGCAGCGCAAUUAGAACAAUCCAGAUUACUUUGUCAAAUUCUAUGCAAAGCUGCUACGUAUGACGCAAGAUACGAGCACGAUAAAGGAUUUGUUUUUAUAGAUCAACUUCCAGAGGAAAAGAGGUAUAUACUGUAUGUGGUCUUGGAAAGAUACUAUUUGGCUGCAGAAGCGAUUGCUUUUCCACUUCCUCUUGGAUUCACGUCCUUCUUCACGUUCCUAGGUUACAGGACUUUACGAUUUAACAUAUUCCUGCAGUACGUUCUUAGACACGUGUUCGAACUACAAAUUGAUGUGAUGAAAAUAAUUAUGGCCGAUAUCGACGAUUCUAAAAUAGGAAUCCAAAGGAAGCUAAAACUAUUAUCUUUGUUACCUCGUUCUCGGGCCAAACGCUUAAUGAACCAAUGGAAUCAUCCCAUUAGUCUUAUGCUUAGGGCUAGAGAACAUGCAAUGAACAUAUUAUCUGGUGUAGAAGGACAAAAUUCCAGAGGUCAAGGUUUACAGAAAAGCAAAAAUCAAUUAGGAUUAGCAGCAUUUCCAUCGGCAGACAGAUUAUCUCCGCUUGACACGUUUCUUGAUCUCUUAACUGCUAAAGCUAGUCUCGCAGAUCUGGAUUUUGGAUUACUCAUUGAGGCUACAGUAACUUCAACUGAAGAUUUUUUAGAUUAGAUAUAAGAUAAAAUAUAUCCGGCAUAGUGCAAUAAAAAAAAUGUGCCAAUUAUUUACGUUUUCAUUAA